AUGGAGAAAGAGGAGUUUGUGGAAAACAUUGUUUGCGUGGUUGACUUUUUGCGGUUGUGUGGUUGGUUUACCAAUUGCUGCAUCCUUUGUACAGGUGUAGACAAGAUAGAUACUGGUACUGUGAUAUCUAUGGCUGUUAAUAAGCCUCGUGGAAGUAGUUUCUCGCGCAAUUUUACUGCUGCAUCAAAUACGAUAUCGCAGAUUCCUGGGCUUAAGCAUGGUCCAAACGGCACUAUGUUUCUUUCAUCUGGCAUACCGGACCUUGACAAGAUUUUGGGAGGUGGAUUUACAUUGGGAAGUCUUGUAAUGGUUAUGGAAGACCCCGAGGCGCCACAUCAUAUGCUGUUGAUAAGAAAUUUUAUGUCUCAAGGGUUGGUUCACAAUCAACCUCUUCUCUAUGCUAGUCCGGCAAAAGAUCCUAGAGGGUUCCUUGGUACUCUGCCAAGUCCAAUGUUCUCAAAGGAUGAAAAAUCUCGUGACCGUGAUGCAGAACAGGAAAAGGGCUUGAGGAUUGCUUGGCAAUACAAGAAGUACUUUGGGGAACAGAAUUCAGAGUUCCAGAGAGAUGGAAAAUCUGAGUACUGCAAUGAUUUUGACUUGCGGAAGCCCCUAGAGAGGCACUUCUACAGUGGACAGCAGAUUGAUUGCAUUAGACUUCAAGAUUCUGCUGAUCUCACCACAUUCCAUGACCGUUGUUCGAGCUUCUUAUCUCAAACUCCUAGGAAUGAUAGGAACAUUACAUGUGCUGGUCGUAUUGCCAUUCAGUCACUAGGUGCACCACAAUGUGACUUUUCUGACAAGGAAUGCGAUAUGCUUUCUUUUAUCAGAUCUCUAAAAGGCACAGUACGGUCAUCAAAUGCAGUAGCCGUUAUAACCUAUCCGCCCUCCCUUGUUUCACCAUCCUUUUCAAAGAGGUUGCAGCAUUUGGCUGACACCUUGGUUUCUGUCAAAGCAAUUCCGGACGAGGAUAAGGAAAUGGCAAAGCUUCUUACAGGAUAUCAGGAUAUGGUUGGCCUCCUCAGUGUACACAAGGUGGCACGUAUUAAUACACAGGUCCCCACAAUUCUAGAGGCUACCACUUUCUCUAUGAAAUUGCAGAAGCGAAGAUCCUUAAUCUUGGAAUGUCUAAACCAAGCCCCUAUAGAUGGUUCAAGCGGAAGCUCAUAUGCUUCUUCUGGUAGUUGUUCUGGAUCUUCUAAGACAGGGGCCCUCGACUUUUAG